UGCUGUUGCCUGCUCUCUAUCUACAAAACAGGAAGAGGCCAGGGACAUGGCACGACAUGAGCAGUCUGCUCACGUGAAAGUAGGGCUGCUACUGACGCAAGUGCGUGGCGAGUUUCUGCGCAACUCUAGUGACGAACCAGGGGGUGCUGCAAGGGCAGCCAAAGCUUUGAAGCGAGCGUUUGAUUUGUUGAACUGCCGCGACGAGUGCUGCCGCCGUCUGUCUGAAGGGUCCGGUACUGGGGGGCUUUGCUACCGCUCCUGUAGUAUGACAGAGGACGAGGGAAGACUGCUUGAGGAAUCUGCAGGAGAUGCAGGCGACGACAGAGGCCAUGUUGCCAGUGCCGAAGGCAGCGCUAAGGAUAGGAUGGCGUUGAGGACCGCCUUCUUGGAGUCUUCCUACCUGCCGUUUGCGGCUUUCUUGCUGAGAGAAGUUGGGCCGCUCUGGCUGCCCGUCUGGGACAGGACGGCAUCGACCAACCUUGUUGCAACUCAAGGAAAUGACAACAGCAGUGCCGCCGUUGAGAGCACUGCUGCUGCGGUCACUCGAGAGGACGCCGGCAACAGCACCGGCAUGUGGAGCCCUGCCCCUAGGGACUUGUUCGAGGCUUUCUUCCGGCCGCCGGCCGUGCCGCCGUCGCUUGCGCUCCUUGCGCUCUGCGAGGGGCUCAGCAGGCAGGCGCCAGAUAGAAUCGCCACCAGCCAGCGGCCAACGUUGUGGCUUGACGGUACCCUCGACAGGAGUAGCAUGGGUGGCCAGGCAGGAGUGCUGGUAGAGGCCGCCCCAGCGCCGGACGCUCGAGCAACUCAACAGAUUUGUCGGCUUUUGCAGCCUUUCCUCAGGCAACCUUCGGCGCAACGACCGCCGAUGCCGCUACACAGCCGUGAGCCAGUUCCCCUUCUCGUCGAGGUAGUGGAGGAUCUCGCCGGUGGCAUUUACGUCUACGAAGGCGAAUGCAGCGAAACCAAGAGGGCAGACGAAGAUCUCCGGAGAGAGCGAUACCAUGCUGAGGCCGUUCGAGGUCCUGCUCCUUUGGUCGGCGGCGGCGCAGGCGAGACGCUCGCGUCGGCGCUCUGCCUCGCGCCGCAGCGGGUCGCGAAUAGCCUCGGGCCGAUCGCUCCGCCGGACUUUUCCCCCGCGGUCUUUUUUCCGGCGGUGUGUCGCGCCGUCGUCCGCGCGACUCUCAACGCCCGCUCGUUAGCGGCAACGAGAACGACAGCGACAGCGGCGGCAAAUGCAACAGCGACGGGUGACGUGUGGCGGGAGUUUACGGGCCGCCUGCUGACCGCCGGCCGGGCGUCCGAUCUCGCUGAAGCGUGGCUCCAGGCGAUGGUGGCGGGGAAAGAAGACGAUCCCAUCGGCGGCAGCGGCGGCAACGACGCCACCGGCGGCACACCGGCGACGGAGGAGGCCGACGUAACGGCGUGGGAGGCCUGGGCGGAAGGGCCCGGCGUCGUUCCGGAAGCGCACGCGUGGAUGAUGACAAGACUGCUGGCGUCAAGGCGGAAGUCUUUCACGGAGGCCCUGUUGAGGGCCUUGUGGCCCUACGAUGGGCGCGGUGGCCGCGAUCAAACUCGGUGGCAGCAGUACCAGCAGCAGCAGCAGCCUUCGGGUCACUGGCCGGCCGGAUUUCCGGCGGCCGCUUGCCGGGUCCUGAUCGGCCGGCCUCUUCUCUCGGGGCGACGCGUCCCGAGAUUACCGCACGAGGAGGGUCCCGGGCGGCGGCGGCCAGGAAUCGGAGAAGAAAACGGCGGCGGGUGCACUGGUGUAUCGUCGUUUUCGGCGUCAUCCUCAGUUCUGCAGAAAAGGCAACAGCAAGGCGAUAGCGACGAUGACGGCGACGACGAGUCGACGGCGGACAUGUCCGUCGGCCUCGUGGAGAGGCUGCUGCUGCAGAGACCGCUCCCUGCUCCCGCGGCUGAGGCUAUCGCCGACACCCUGGCGUGGUGCGAUCGCCGCUCGACCUACACGGCCGGGGCAGCAGCGAGGUUUGGAGCCGCUACGAGCGAGGGCAGCGGCCGAGAGAGUGAGGCAGUCGCGGGCCGGGGGCUCCUGAUGGGCGCCCUGAAGAGAGUGGGGGCCGUGUGGGCGGAGCCGUCAUUCCUCAAUAGGUCUCCGCCUCGGCAACAGGAGUUCUACACCAGAUUUUUGUUGGCUGCUCUUCACAGCGGCGGCUUAGACGGGCAGCUGGGCGGCGGCGUCAACGGCGACCAGGACGCUCUCGUGAUCCUCAUCAGAGGGGUUGGGUCGCACCUUGACGUCCCGGUCAGAGAGACAAGGCUACGGGGCAUGCGCGUAGGAGAGGCGGUAGCGGCCCUUGGGGGAACAGAACUGCGUUUCGACGAGCUAGAUGGGGAGAGGGAGGAGCAGCGACGGAAGGAGCCGCGGGGCGAGGGGCAGGGAGAAACAUCGGCUGGGAAACAGGAAAGUAGAAGUCGCAACGAGGGCACGAAGGGCGGGAAUAGCACGGACGGGACCGCAGACACGGUACGAGAGAGGCCAAGGGGCAAAAAGAAGAAGAGUAGGAGAGGGUCGCACGGGCGAAGCGCGGCGCUUGACGCGGAAGAGAAGCGAAGGCGGCACUGGCAAAGCUUACCAGCGAGUUUUGGGGGAGGGGGUGGUCAAGUGGUGGACAUAAACGAUGGCGAAGACGACUCGGACUUGGAUCCCGACAUGCUGCUACCGCUGGGUGGCGCUGGUGGCGGCUCAGACUCCGAGGAUACCAACGUCGGAGGCGGGAACGACGCCAAGGAUAGUGAGCAGGAGAGCGGAUCAACUAGUAGUGGUCCGUCCACGGACACGGAAGGAGAGGGCUACGGGGGCGACCUCCUAGGUGGUGGCGGAUUCGGGUUGGGCGAUGACGACGACGAUGACCUCGAGGCGUACGAUCUCUGGGACGAUCAGGACGAUCUCGCCAAGGUCGCGGAGCCGGUGUAUCUCGACCAGCUCAUCGAGAUGCUGCGUUCGCGGGAAAAACCGGACACAGCGGAUCAGCACGAGACGGCCCUCAGGUGCGCCGAGAAGCUCGUGCGGCGCAACCCGCCCGACUUGGCGCACCGAGCGCCUGAGCUCUCGAGGGACCUUCUUUACCUGGAGGACUCCUUCGACCUUGAGUGUUUCGAGGCGCGCCGUUCCGGAGCGCUUGUGGCGACGGUGGCGGCUGCGCCAGAGAGCUGCGCCCUCUACUUGGGGAGUGAGGUGUGGGGAAGUGGGGCAACGGAGGGCACGAAACUGCAGAUCCUGGAUGUUCUGGUGCAAGCCGCUAGCGAACUGGCUGGCUGGACGAGACCCAGCGGUGGCGGUGGUGUGGACGAUAGUGAUGGUUUGCAUGGAGGACACCCCUCUUCGUCCGGAGGCAGCUACCCGUCCGCCCUCCUACAAGAGGCGAGGGGGGCGACCCCCCAGGGUAGCAUCAGACGGCAGCAGCUGCACAGUCAGCAACAGCGUGGGCCAAAGGCCACGCACGGGCUUUCCGCCUCAGCUGUUGCUGCAGCCCCUUCCGCUCGGAACCAAGGUGUCAGGGAUAGGCCUGGCUCUAACGAAGGGAAAACGCGUGAAGGCGCUGGCGGAGGAAGCUCGAGGGCGGCGAAAGGGGAAGGGGUGGUGUCGGUUGGCGGCACCACCAGGAGGUGGGGGUACAGGCGUGGGCCGAGAGAGCAGCUCCGGCGGAAUCUUUUCGGCAGGCUUGCCCCGGUCUUUUUCUACCCUCUCGCCCAGGGGAUGGUGCUCCGCUUGCGCGAGUCGACAACCACGGCCCCAUCAAACCACGGCCAGCGACGCUCCCAAGAGGUCGGACGAACCAUUGCAGCAGCUGCAGCGGCAGCCUCCGCUGAUGACGCUCCCUACAUGCUGCCGAGUGCCACGCCGCUGCCGCCGCCGCCGCCGCCAUCCCCGAUUUUCUCGGCGAGACUGCUUCACUGCUUGACCUGCCUGGUGGAGUUGUGCGGGAACUGCCCGGCCACGCCGGCGCUUGCGGCUGACCUGCUGGGGCUGGCGUGGCUGCUGCGGGGACCUGCUUCCGACAGCCGCGAGCUUCGCCGGGCCGUGCUGAUUGCGGUGGCCACUGGCGUGGAAAGAUCGCAAGACGGAGCCGCGUCUGGCGCAGUGCAGGGACAGCAGGGGGAGUUCUUGCGAUGGUUGCAGGCUUGCACUCAAGGUUCAGACAAGGGGACAAGGGAGCUGGCGGGAGCCGUGUUGGGGCACAGCAGUGUGCAGGCGCUAGCGUACUUGUAGUCAGUUGGAACUUCCCCAAAACAAGUGUCCUUGUAGGUCGUCGCUGUUCAAGACUACAGCGGUACAGAGUAUCGAAGGACUCUGAACAAUUCACUUUGCUCUCCUCUUUGUGUUACAUCACUACACGCCAGAGGUCUUGAUGAUUUCACCGUUCCCACGGGCUGUAAGUGCAUUACUUCUCUGUUUGCUGCACUUUGUGUGGGUGACGAAACGAUGGUCUUUGGCGAGAAGCAGUUGGUUUUGUUUUCGGGUGCACGUGUCGGCGUUUGCAAUGCAUCGCCGGCCUUGGCAUGGUAGUGCAUCUUAGUGCGUGCUGCCCAGGGGAGGUGCGCGCUUGUGAGAAUAUUGAUUGGUGGGUUUGCAUACUCAGGCAAUCGCUUGGUUAUGGGUCACGAGACCCUACGCGGUACUCGAUUUCCGAACUCUUCCGGGCUCUGUCUCUGGUUGUGCUGGUGGUAAACCUUGCGCGUCAUGUGAAAAAUUAGAAUACCUUGCAUGCCUCGCGCUUGGCCGCUAUUUUGUCGUU